GACAUCCGCCAUCAUUCAAAUAUAKUUCCUAAGAAAGUACGAAAAGUAUGUGGCGAUUUAAGAGUAAGAAAGGUGAUUCAGAAUCUAAAGCCGCACUUAAUGAACUCACAAAACUUGGAUUCGCAAAAGACAAAGCCGCUGCUGUACUUGCAGAAUGUGACAACGAUGUAGCCAGAGCUAAGUCGAAACUCGAAAAAAUGGCAGCUGAAGUUGCAUCGSCACCGUCGAGUGACAAUCCCCCUCCUUAUGCUGGCGAGCCUCCUCCGCCAUACAGUGAAUGCGCCUCGUCGUCUUCAGCAAAUCAGCCUCUUUUCAUUAGUCAGGAAAAGGAAUCUUUUCUCAAGGGGUUAGAUAUGAAAUUCCCAGCUGACACAGAGGAGGAGGAAAGGUGUUCGUCAUGUUUUGAUCCGAUAAAACACGAUCCAGAAGAGGGUUUCUCUGGAAAGAUGGUCUGGCACCUUUCAAAAGCUUACCAUUCUGAGUGUUACAUGAAGUAUAAAGGCCCCAAGUGCGAACACUGCUGUUUUGCGCUCAUUGCUGACCCAUCGAAAGGACUAUCAGGCAAAUGGGGGAUAUACGACAGCCAGAAAUACCAUGAAGAGUGCUACAUGAAUUAUGCUGGACCAAGGUGUAGCAGCUGCUGUGAUGUCAUUGCAUGUAAACCAGACGAUGGAUUCUCCGGACGAUGGGUUGAUGAUAGCAAUAAACUUUAUCAUGAAGAAUGUUUUACCAAGAAAAACUUAGUUGAAACAAGAGCAAAAAUGUCAUAGUCUUCCAAGUACAAAGACUUGCAAUAAUAAUAACAGCUGUUAAUUAAAUACCAUUAUGUCCAGGCCCAUAGGCUGGGAGGGUUCGGGGGUUUGGAAGAGCACACCACAACCUUAAAAGGUCCGGUUCUCUUCUUUUAUUGUUCUAUUUUAAAAUUCUUUUCUUAUGAACUGUUUUUGAGAUAGUAUUUUGUUAUGAACUGCUCUUCCAGCCAGUUCUUGCACACUAUAACCGUGCAUUUAACUAAUUUAGCUAAAAAUUUAAUUUAGGUCCACAUUAUGAAAAAAACAAACCCCCUUCCCCCAUUUGUGAGUCAGCCUACAGGUCUGAUGUCUGUGAAAAAGUCACCCAGUAGCACAAUGAUAUUUAGUUAUCAACAAACUAAGAAUUUCCACUAGAAUGCAAACAAUAUGCCUGUACAAUAGUGUUCAUUUAUACUGCUAAUUACUUUUGAUAUGACAAUAGAAAGCAGAAUUGUGGUUCUUUCCCUGAUGAUUUGGUGAGAUGCAUUAUGGGAUUGAUGAAAGUACAAACUGAGCCAUUUUGUYCUUUUUUUGUUUGUUUCUGGUGUUUCGUGCUGUUUUUCAAAUAAUAAGCAAUAUUUACAUCCCAAACAGGCCUUUUGAUUAACAUACUCAGUGUGUAGGAWUCUAGAUCAAUGCUCUUUCAAAAGAUUCUUAUCUUCUGAUAAUGGAAAUUUCGCAAAAGAAACUUUURUCCUCAGUUAGAAAUCCAUUGUCUAAAUACUUUCAUCAAUACCAUGAUGUGCUUCACUAAUGCACACACUACAAAAUAAGGUUAGACGACUAUGUUAGUAUUACCUUUUGUUAGAAAUUUCACAAACCUAUUUGAACUCUACAUUAUAAUGGGCCAGUUGUACAAGGGAUGAAUAGGACUAUCCAUCUAAUAAUACAAAAAUUAUUGAGUGGAUGACUCUAUCUACACUUUGUAAAACAGGCCCUUUGGUUUAUAGCUUCUACAGGCCCUUCAGCCCUUGGUGUAUUGCUUUAUUUUACUUUACAGCCAUGCCUCACUCAUGCAGGAAGCUACAAAUCAAAGACAAGGAAAUCUGACAAUGGAACGUGUAUAGAAUGAAAUGAAUUAUUAAGUCUGGUUUCUUUAAGUCUAUUAAUAGACUGUAUUAUUAAGAAGUUGUAUAAUGAAGACUUUUAAGUAUUUGUAAAAUAAUAUUUGAUGUACAGUAAAAUACUGAUGUAUGGA